AUGUCCGCAGAAGUAGAUACAUGCCGCGUGUUUCGAGCCGUAGGUGUCGAGAAUGUGCCGCAUCGCAGUCCAGCUAUUGUCUUUGCCUUGAUUUGCUUCAGUGCAUGGUACCGCGCUGGAAAAGCCUUGCUUUCCUCCGAGAUCGGUGCUCAUGGAACGGAGAGUCGCGGCCAGAGAGCAUUCGAUCGCGCGGUCCCUUCUGUAAUUUCAAGGCCUGACCUACAAAACGUUGUCACCCACAUUCGCCGCACCGAACUACGUCGCUCUUUGACACAGCUAAUCAUCCAGGAACUUAUCCGUGCAAUGUCAGCCUUAGCCGUCUCUAACUUCAAUGAAGAAUUCUGGGACUGA